AUGACUAGUUAUGAUAUUGAAAAGAAGAGAACUAGGGGAUUGUUAAAACAAGCAAAUCGGGUUUGUAUUACUACUGAUAUUUGGAGGUCAGAUCCACAAAAGAUAUUGUAUAUGACAAUAACUUGUCACUUCGACAUUGACUAUCAAUUAUACCAAAGAGUCAUUAAGUUUGUUGAUAUUCCACCACCUCACUCUGGAGUUGCUGUUCAUGAUGCUUUAUAUAAAUGUUUAGUUGAGUGGGGAAUCGAGAGUAAAGUAGCUAGUAUAACGGUGGUUAAUACAACUUAUAAUGACGUAGUGGUAAGGACAUUGAAAGACGGCAUAUCUUGCCAAGCAAUUUUACCUUGUGGUGGAAAGUUAUUUUAUGUUCAUUGUUGUGCUCAUAUCCUUAACAUUUUGGUGCAUGAUGGAUUAGAAAAGAUCAAGGGUGUAAGUUUUAAGGUGAGGGAAAGUGUUAAGCAUGUUACAUUAUCCAUCGCUUGGCUUAACAUCUUUAGUGAUAUAUGUCAACAACUAAAGUUACCUAGUAGAAGGCUAGUUUUUGAUUGUUGUACUAGGUGGAAUGCAACCUACCACAUGUUAUCCGUUGCAUUAGAGUUUAAGGCUGCAUUUCCAAGGUACAAGAAUAGAGAGCCAAGUUACAAUCUCCUGCCAUCUGAAGAAGAGUGGAAGCAAGUUGAAGCUAGUUGCACUUUCUUAUCACUUUUUAAUGAAGCUACAUAA